AUGAGUUCUCCUACAGACCCAAGUACUGUCACCUGCCGAUAUUGGGCCACGUCAGGAACAUGCUUCUUUGGGGACCAGUGUAACUUUUCGCACAGCCUGGAGGAAAGGGGCAAUGUGGCCAAGUCAGGCGCUGUGCCAAAGAAGGAGAAAGCCUGCCGGAAUCUGCUUCUCACCGGGUACUGCAAGGAUGAGAAUGGGGGCUGUGAAUACAAUCAUGAUAUUGUGGGCAUAACAAGGAUGGACCCUCCUGGCUCCGCCCAGCUAAACUCUGCCAAACCGCUGGCCACAUCGUCAGCCCCGACUGCUCCCGGCAAUGCCCCAGCUGCCGCUCCGACGCUUGCCUCCCCUAAAAAGCCCGGGACACCUGGCGCUUCCUCAUUGGUCCAGACGUUGCAAGCCCGGAGUAUCCUUCCGGUGUCAGCCCCCGCGUUUGUCCCAGCAGCCGUAGCGGCUGCGCAGCGCGCGGCCUUGAACGCUUGGGGGGGCAUAACGCCUGGCAAAGGAGGGGGGGGAGAUGGGACGAGCCCGGGAGGGGGGGCGAACGGAACAGCGACUGGGGAGGGGGGAAACGGGGCUGAAGCACGAGCGCUGGAGGUGCUUAAAGUAGACGGUGUAGAACAAGCGAAGGUCAGCAAAAGUGGUGAUUCUAGUGGCGUAAGCGUUGGGUUGGCUCUGAGCUCUAGCGUGGGCUUCGGAUCCCAAGGUUUGCAAGCGGUCUCGACUGGUGUGCAUACUUCCAGUAGCAGCGCCCCAGGUACUCCGACUGGUGGAAAUACUCCCUCAGGCACACCGCAACCGUCCCCCGUGAAACCAAGGACGGCCGAGUCUGGGGUCUCUUUAGCUAUGUCUGCCGCUCCCUCUAUGAAGAGCCUUCCGGCGAACAUCAACGCUGCUCCUUUUAUCCCGAAAUCUGCGUCCCUCAAUCCUAGUAGCGGCGCGACAGGCGCCGCCACCAGCGUAGCCACCUCGCGCGUCGCAAAUGCAAACGCCGCCCCGUUCGUUCCGAACAAUCUCACGGGGGCGCCGAAGUUCUAUCAGAGGAGCAAUUCGACUCCGGGGGUUGGGUACGGGGCCCUUCCGGGGCAGGGGCCGUUUAACCCUGGUGUGAAUACAGCUCGAGGGGAUAGCACGAUGAGCCCGAGGAUGGGUGGGGGAGCGCCUGUGCACGGGCAAGGUGGCGGCAUGGGGGCCAUGAACUCACCCAGAGGCGUGGGAGGACCAGCGGGCAUGGGGCCUUUCGACGUGCAGAGGCGACAAAUGUCGCAAUUCCAUCAGCAGGCCCUGCAUCAGCAGCAGCAUGCGGCCGCUGCAGUCCGCGGUCGGGGCGUCAGCCUCCCGCAGUAUGCCCAACAGGGCCUCGACAACUCGCACCGCCCCUACUCCGGCCCCGCCAGUUUCGGCCUUCCCGAAGGGGACGACCCAGCCCUGGGCAUGUCCUCGAUGUCACCCCCCCACCCGCGCGGCGGGCCCCGUUUCGGCAACAACCAGUUUUUGGAGGGGGGUCAGCCAAACCACCGGCUCCAAGAUGCGAUGUCGGCCCUGAAAAUGGGUGACGGCGGGGGGCGGUUUGGGGGUAACCCGUCGCUUAACCGGAGCCUAAGCGCGAUGGGGAUGAUGUCGCCGAGGGACGAGUAUCGGUCGCGAACGCCUCCGAUGCCGGGGAUGAUGACGUCAGCGCCGGCGUCGCCGAUGAAGCAACAGAUGGGGAGGGCGACCCCCCCGCUGACGAGCCAGGGCCUGGGGAGGCCGCGGCCGGGGGGGCCGAUGCAGCCGUUUGGGCAACGGUCGAAUUCGCCGUCUCUAGGCGGCCCCGUUCCCACCGCCGCGACUCAAGUGGGCGGCGCCACCUACUUUUUCGGACCGGGUCAGGGCGCCGGCCCCUCCCAAAUGGGCCUCGGGGGCCACGUCAGCAUGGGGCCAGCUGGCGGCUUCGGACUGGGUCCCGGGCGGCCGGACCACAACCGGAAUCGGACGGUCAUCAGGCCGGGGACCGUCCAAAUGGCGUCCAAGUUUCUGCCGGAGAGCUUGAGGGAGGAGAUCCAGCAGCGGGCUGCUUUGGUGCAGGCGCAGAUAGACCCUGAGCAGGACAUAUCCGACCUGCCAGAGUUUGUGGGGCGGUUUCAUACGCUAUACCCUCUAGAAAGCAGUGAGGCCGACGGCAUGAGCUCGCUCGGGGUGCGGACGACGGUCUUCAAAGGGAUCAGCUCAACAGACGGCCUCGCUUACGCUAUUAGGCGAAUAGAUCAUAGACAGGUAAUCCCGACAGCUGAGCUCGCGACCGCCGCCAACGAAACGAUAGAAAGGUGGUCGCACCUUGCGGGACAUCCCCACGUGGGGGUCAUGCGAGAAGCGUUCGUCAGCAAAGAAAUCGAAGACAGCCCCGCACUCUACUUCGCGUACGAUUAUUACCCUGGAGCGGUGUCGCUCGAAAACGCGCACUUGCAACAAGAACAAAGCGGGGGGGUGGUCCACUUGACGGUUACGGAAGACGAGCUAUGGAGCUACACAAUCCAGCUCGCCACCGCGCUUCGAGCAAUCCAUGGUGCGGGCCUCAUCGCUCGGGGAGGCGCUCUCGACGCCUCGAAAGUGCUCAUAACUAGCCGCGGCAGAAUACGACUCUGCUCGGUGGGCUUCUUAGACGUGCUACACGGGGAUCCGGGGGAAGACAAGCAGUUCCUCCAGCGGAUCGACCUAGCGGAAAUGGGGCGGCUGCUGCUGUCGCUGGCGUGCGGGUCGGCCAUGAAUGCGUCGUUGGACUUCAUGGCCGCGCACUACUCCCCCGAGCUUGUGCGGAUCACACAGGCGCUGAUUGCGUCAUCACCGGACAACCACGAAGUCGGUGGCCUCGCCAGCAUCAAGCAACUAACCAAUGUUCUGGGGGAUCGCAUGUUUAGCUCGCUGGAGCACUGCCACGUGUACGCCGACCAUUUGAUGGACGAGCUCGAGAAGGAGUCGGAAAACGGGCGCCUGCUCCGCAUCAUCAUCAAGUGCUCCAUGAUCAAUGAGCGGCCCGACGAUGACGUGGCGGAAUCCAAUUGGUCGGAGACCGGGGAUCGUUACCUCCUCAAACUCUUCCGCGACUUUGUCUUCCACCAAACGACGGAGGAAGGGAAGCCGGCGAUGGAUUGGGGGCAUAUUAUUGAGGCGCUGAACAAACUAGACGCGGGGGUUUCGGAAAAGGUGACGCUGCUGAGCAGGGACGAGCAGUCGCUGCUGGUGGCGAGCUACAAGGACCUCAAGCGGUGCCUGGAAGGGACGUACUCGGAGCUGCAAGCAAAGGCAUCCAAUGUCAAGCGCCGGCCGUCGUAUCAGCCAAACCCACUUCUGUUGGGCUCCCAACCAAUGGGUGCAACACAAGGAAUGGGACUGAGAUAAGGAGCAAAAUUGGCUCCUAUGCGCUUUGGUAACAAGUGUGCACUAAUCUGGGGGCCGCCUCUGUCGCUAACUUCCGUGGUUUAGCUGCGCUACAUUCAUUAACGAGUCUAUCAAAAGUUCCUUGAGACACGUCCUUGACAAUUCCGAGAGUAUAGGCAGUAGGCCUGGAAAGUCUGUAGGUAAGAGGUCGCCCAUGCCAUGGCGAUAAGAAUGCUGAUACUACAUUCAAGAGGCUAUACUUGAAAUUUGAAGGUUGCCAACUGAAGUGUACAAUGGAGAGUAUUGAUUGACAAACGAAUGACUGUUCUACUGAAAUAUGAUAAGAGCCGUGCAAUUGGAG